AUGGGGUCUACUACAGCUACAUCUCAAGCAAGAAAGAACUAUCUAGAGAAUGUUGACACGCUGCGGGACAUUAUCCUCAAUGAUCACUUCGGUGGAGACAUGGCGCCGGAGAUCGUCGACCAGUGGUUGAGGGCUCUCGAGCCUGGCAGACAGUUCCCCCUCCCGCCCAAUAUCAAGGGGUUCUACGGUGGGAGUCUUCGAGAGUCGAUGCCUAUUGAGAUCGCGCGGGGCUCGUACAAGCACAUCAUGCACACGACAGACGACACGGCAAAAGUCGACAAGUAUGCCGGGCGGAUGCUGAUAGCGCUGUCGAUACUCGACCUGGACUCGCUUGUUGCGGAUGAUCCCACGCUGGGUGCGCUCGCCCUGUGGCACAAAGCUCUUGCCCAGGUCCGACUGCCCGACGAAGCCGGGGAGCUCGUCGAGACGCUGCGGCAGUACCAAGCAGUCCGGCCAAGAUCCAACCUGUCGGACAGCAAGCUGCCUGAAGCUCCACGCCUUAAGACCAGGCUGGAAGAAGUGGCAAGAGAGUUGGGGAAUACUGGGGCAUUGAAUCGGAUAGCCGACUGGGAUUAUUCAUCUGCGAGUAUCUAG